CCAACACUCACAACGUACUGCAACAGCUGACUUGGAGCUCGCUGAGACACCUGAGUCAGGCCUCCUUUCCAGAGACACAGCCAACGCUCAACCGCAACAGCUGAGUUGGAGCUCGCUCAGACGUCUGAGUCAGGUUUCUCUUCAGAGAGCUCUCGGAAUGGCUUCGGAAUCGCUCAACCGCUUCAGAUCUGCUCGAUGAAAGUCUGACUCAGGCCCCUCUCGCGAGAGGCAAACAAUGGGGCUUAGGGCAGCUAUGCUCUAUAUAAGGAGGUCUCAUACCUCUUUUCAGAUCAGUCCAUGUCUUCCAUCCUUCAGCCCUCCCUCCUCGCAACAUCCCAGCAGCAACUUCUUCCGACCUGCAUACACUGUUCUGCAGCGCCUUCUUCAGAGCAACACCAACAGCUUCCUUCAGACUGUAGGAGACCUUUACAGCAUGCCUUUCCUGCUCUGAGCGGCCCUCUUCCUGCCUGCGACCUCCUGCACGCGAGCAUCGAUUUCUUGCCCAGUUAGGGAAGCCAGGAAGCUCCGAGGCAGUCUCAGCAUCCGGGCGCAGCUGCCCAACGCAGCUUGCAACAGCACCAAUACAGCUGCAACUGAAGACUGCUGGCAUGGCUUCUGACCUGCGAUCCCACUGGGAAAAUGAUCCUUCCUCCUCUGAGGAAUCGGAAGGAGAGGAUAUUGAAGGUGUCGAGUAUGCGCCCCGCUCUGUUGGCGGCUCCCAGUCUGGACGCUCGCUGGAGGAGUUCCUUCAAGACGAAGACUCUGCCAGCAUCCAAGGCCCGUCCUUCUACAGGGCGUUCAGCAAUGGGACAAGCCUCAGCCCAACUCAGCUGCCAAGGGGCGUCUCAACUUUGCUCAGCAAGGGUUACGUGCCCACCUCUCCAUUUGCUUGGACUUCUGGUAGCGCCUUCGGAAAGCGGAUAUGCAUAACCCCGCCAAGCAACUUCCAGGCGCCAUCAUCUCGUUGCAUCCUGCAAAACGUUGGUGGCAAGAGGCUCGCAAGUGAAGCUUCAGCUGGCAAAUGCAGUCCGAGUCCAACAUCGAGAAGGAGAGGCCUCGCAAAGAAGCGUCGGCGCGUCAUCCUCUCGCAAGACUCAGAAGAAGAGCGGCCGAUGGCCCCCCUGCCUCUUGUAGAGGUAGAAAUUGGUCAAUCGGUUGAUAGGGUGCCCGCAACUGAUCGCAGCCAAGAGCAUGGUUUUGGACAAGAGCAAGCUCAGAUCCCUGGUCGUGUAGUCGUGCACACUGAGCACGAUGGUGCGGUUCAGACGGUGCAAGAAAACAAGCUGGGAACGGCCUUCUUCUUCAAGUUCAGUCGAGCAAAGCUCCACUACCAAGAUCCGAAGAAUGGGCCGCAGGGUUUCAGCAAGCGGCACGCUGCUCUCUGUGAUCACACGGUGGAGUUGCAUCUUCUCGACCAUAAGGGCUAUCGUAGCUACGGGUCAUACCCAAACUGGCCGACCGCGCGGGACUACACUCUGCAGCAGCCUUUCCUCGAGGAGGUGCUCGUCGAAGGGAGACCCUGCAAGCCGUUCCUAGAUAUGGAAAGCGAUCAGGGGUUGCCUAAGGGGGAAACUCUUCGGAGCGUUAUCAGCCAGUUUCAAGACGCCAUCACGAAGAUCUUUGCGGAGGACUACGCAGUCGAGAUCCAAGAGCGGGAUUUGAAUCGGGUCCACUGCGACUAUGGACCCGGCGGCAAGUUCAGCGUCCAUCUCGUCAUCUCAACGCACGGGCCGCGGCAAUUGGUCUUCCGCUCCAAUCUCGCCCCUAACGUUGACCCGCAAGGAGCAGGACACCUCGCCCGCAGGCUUGCUAAGGUUCUCCCCCCGUCCCUGGCUGACCUCAUCGAUCAGAGCGUCUACACUCGGAAUCGAGGCAUCCGGAUGCCUGGUUGUGCAAAGCCCUCCAGACCUGACUGCCCGCUGCGUCCUCUGGACCACACCAAGCCAUAUGCUGACAGCGUCAUCACCUGGUUCGACAAGGAGUUUGACUUUAUCAAGGUCCCUGUCCUCGUGCCUGAUGCUAUGCGACAACACCGGCGCCCCACAAAGCCCGCGGAGAUGGCUGUUCUCAGCGUCACCAAUCUGGACGCCUACACGGUCCAACGCUGCCUAGAGCUCUUGCAAGCACGCUUGCAUCCAACGGCCUUCAAGCGAGGAGCGAGUAGGGCGCUCAACUUCAGCUGGACGGACCGGGAAGGAGAGCCGUGCUACACCAGGCACACUCACUCCGGCGGGCGCGAUCUUUUGUGCAUCGUGAACGAGGCUCAGAACGCUGUCUUUGCCAAGUGCUCUAGUGAGCGGGUCGACUCCACGACCGGAUGCUCUAGUGAGCGGGUCGACUCCACGACCGGAGUGUGCUGCAAGGAGCAGCCUGCCCACUAUCUCGGUCGCUUGUACGAGGACGUGGAGACUUGGAAGGCAAGCGCCAUUGAGAUCGACAUGCGCUACCUCGAGCGAGACCCCCUUGCUGCUGGACCGAUGGAUCUGCAGCUGAUCCGGAUGGGCUCGAAGGGGAUGACGGACAAGAUUCUUCUCAACAACGUGGUCAACAGUGAUCCCGCAGGUGUCGAUGGCUACAAUUACAAAGUGGAAGAGCUGUCGCUACUUGCUUGUAGUCUCUUGUGGCAAGCUGGCAAGUUCCAGGCGCUCCUCGUUCGAAGCCCGAUGGGCACAGGCAAGUCCGAGCUGGUCAAGCGGAUCAAGGUGGAGGAGCCCGCCCCCCAGAAGAUUUUGCUGGUCACUUAUCGGCAGACGCAGGCGGCUGAUGCGCACGGCAAAAACCCCGAGUUUGCCCACUAUGCGGAGCUCAAAGCCCUGCCAUCCCAGCUGAAUGAGCAAGGGGACUUCGUUGCUCCUUUAUCUGACAGAGUGCGGUUUCCAAAGGUCGUAGUCCAGUUCGACAGCCUUAACCACCUCCUCGCUGAGAGCAGAGUGGUCGACUCAUUCGAUCUCGUAAUUCUCGACGAGAGCGAGUCCAUCCUGGCCCAUCUUUCAGCUGAUACAUUCUCCAACCGACACCGGACCGUCAACUUCCUGAUCGAGCUUUUGAGCCAAGCAAAGCGGAUUAUAGCGCUGGAUGGGCAUCUGGCUCAGCGGACGUUCGACUUUCUUACAAUGAGUGGCAUCCCGUGCGGGCCUGUCGUGAUCAACAAACAUCUACCAGAGCGUCCGCUCGAGUUCACGUUUCUGGAGAAGGACGAGGGGAAGGCUUACUGGGAAAGGUCCAUCUGGACUGCUCUAGGGGAGGGCAAGAACUGCGUAGUAUACAGCAUGUCGUCAGAAGAAGUGUACAGGUUGAGGGACGCCGCGGAAGCCACAGGCUUGCUACAAGCUUCAGAGAUACUCGCGAUCACAAGGGCUUCUUCUGGGGACAUCAAAGGGGGCAUGAAUAACGUGAACCUCUCUUGGAAACGCCGUUUGGUCAUCCUCAGCCCCACGGUGGAGGCAGCGGUCGACUUUUCGGCGGAGUGGUUCCAUCGCAGCUUCAUCUACGUCUGCGCACACAGCACCACUCCGAGGGGCUUAGAUCAGAUGAAGAGCCGCGUUCGGAAGCUGAAGGAACCAGAAGUGUUGUGCUUCGUGCAAGCUGGCAUCGCUUUGCCGACCAGGACCGGGCUGCGCGCUCAAGUUGCGUGCGAUGAAGACCCUGUGGGCUCGACUCCGCCUGUCUACCUGACUACCAUGGGGCCCAAACAAGCAGCAAGUCGGCGGCUGGGGGUAGAGGAGUCCUAUCAGUUCUUGCGUUGGAUACACAAGAACGUGGACGCCCGUCAGGAGACGAGGCAACGAGGGGAAGGGGGACAGAGCAUCUUCGCGCCGAUAGAGGACGCUGUAAUGAGGGUGCUAGCACACAACGAAGCUGAAAGCAGCAACAAGAACUCGCACUUCUAUGAAGUCUUCACUGAGUUGCUCGAGAGCGAGGGGCAUAUUGUGAAGGGGGUGCUCCAGUUGGACACCGCGCCAAAAGUCUUGGCUGGCCCGGAAGAGGACGAGGAGGGGCCUUGUCAAAGCUAUCUAAAGCGGCGUCUGCUGGAGGCGCCAGACAUCUCGCUCGAGGAGGCUAAGCACCUUCAGCUUCUGAUUAACAAGAAGCAAGAUCGGGAGGGGGACUUUGCGAAGGUGGAGCGGUUCAACUAUAUGAGGUUUUACAAGAUUCGACAGCUUGAUGGACCCUUUCUAGACAUCUUUGGGGGGCGGCAUCUCGACUGCCUCACCUUCCUGCUUCAAGUGGUCGAUCCUGCAUAUCAAUUCCCCGAGGACGAGAUCGGCAGAGCGAAGUCCUUGCCUCUCAUGGCAAAGCUUGCGAAAGAGGUCAUUUGUGCACUGGGGCUCGACAAUCCGUUGGACUAUGAGCGCGUGACAGAAAAACUUGAGGUUCUGAGGUCGAAACUGGCGGCAACGGAGUACUUCCAGGACUACGGAAGAUGUGUUCGACUGUUCAGCGGACGCACCAUCCAACAGACGUGCGAUCUAGGCGAUCCAAAGGCAGUCUACCACGCCUUAAACCACAUCUUCAACCGAAUGGGCGUCCAUGUGCGGCAGGUGCGGUUGGGCCAGCAGAAGAAGGCUGACGAGGCUACCAAGAAAAGGGAGUACCUGUAUGGGGGAUGGCAGAUUGAGCCUGAGUGUUCAGGAAGAACCGUAGGCGCAAAGUACAUGUUACAGUUGCUCAUGUUGCAGGUGGAGGGGUCUUCAUUGAUGCUCGAAAAUCUGGACUCAAGCCUAAGAAGGCUCAUAGAAAACGCGCCGUUCCAAUACAGGCAUCUUGUAGAAGCCCCAUGCAUGUUGGGGGCCGUAGUUUAGGCUAUAGUUCAUUUAAAACAGACUGUCAAGUGUAAGAUAAACUGAUGCACCAAGGAGAAGUUGUAGCUAACAUGAAAUUCGAUUGAGAGAUAUUUGUGUGCAACAAUUCGUAUUCUUCAAUCAAAUCGAGC